GGGGGCGUGGCCAGGCUAUAAGCUCCACCCCUGCAACGUCAUGCAGGGAAUACAGCGCUGAGAGGGUGUGCGCUGCUGACUCCUAGCGGUGACUAAUGUAACUACAGCUGGGUAUAUAGUGACCCCUAGUGGUGAGCUGUGUUAUUACAGCUAGUGAGCACUGACUGAGCUGUGUCCAUACUGACCCCUAGCGGUGAGCUGUGUUAUUACAGCUGGGUAUAUAGUGAGCUUUGUCCAUACUGACCCCUAGCGGUGAGCUGUGUUAUUACAGCUGGGUAAAUAGUAAGCAGUGUCCAUACUGACCCCUAGCGGUGAGCUGUGUUAUUACAGCUAGGUAUAUAGUGAGCACUGACUGAGCUGUGUCCAUACUGACCCCUAGCGGUGAGCUGUUAUUACAGCUAGUUAUAUAGUGACCCCUAGCCGUGACCAAUGUAACGACAGCUGGGUAUAUAGUGAGUACAGGCUGACCCCUAGCGGUGAACUGUGUUAUUACAGCUAGUGAGCAGUGACUGAGCUGAGUACAGACUGACCCCUAGCGGUGACCUGUGUUAUUACACCUAGAGAGCACUGACUGAGCUGUGUCUAUGCUGACCCCUAGCCGUGACCAGUUGUAUUAAAGCUGUGUGUAUAAAUAGAUCAUAUAGUGUAUAGUGACACCGACCCCCCUGUAUAUCAUACAGUAAAUAGAGAGCACUGCCUGAGCUGAGUACAUAGACCAGGGCACACUGUCUGACAUCCAUAGUGUUUAAUAUACUCCAUCCAUGUCUAAUUUCCAGCACCUGGUAUUGAACCCAGCACAGACCGUGUCAUCCAAUCAAUGUCUUACAGGGUGUGUUUACCAAGUUGUUCAAACUACAGGAUCAGAAAGAAAGAAUGUGCUGAAAUUAAUACCAGUAUCUAAUUCAUCGGGUAACUUCUUCCCAUUAGUUCAGCCUGCUGUCAUACAAAAUGGGUCCCCUGUGAAAGGUAACCUGCCAGCUGGAUUUACAGUGGCCACCCCGGUGCAGAAUAUCACUCUACCUUCACCUGUAAGAUUACCCGUGGUACAGCAGCCUGGCUUUGGAAAUUACAUUAUCACAACUACAGGAAAUCUUCAGGUGCCUCUGGAAACUGUCCAAGUGGACAAUAAAGCCACUAACCUUCAGAAUACUACUAUAAUCCUUGAGAAAUCCCAUGUGAGCACUGUGCCUGGGCCUCAGCUUGGAAAUCAGACCUUUGUGAUGAUGAAUCCCAAAUCUCCACCAUCUGCUAUGCAAUAUUCACCAAAGUUGCCUUCAGGACAUCAUCUCCAGAUACCUGCUAAUGCCGAAGUUAAAUCUGUUCCAGCAUCGCUGUUGCCCUCUGCAAUCCAGCAGAAGAUACUUGCGGCUGCCAGCUGCAAUGAUGCUUCAAAGAAUCCUUCAGUUAUUUAUGUUUCUCCAGUGAAUACUGUAAGAACACUAGUUACCAAACCGUUGUCUCCCAUUUACCCCAAACAAGGGCAGUCUGGUAUCUCUCCUGUGGCCAUUGCUUCAACAAACAUGCAAAAUGUUGGUGGCAAUCAGCAAUCUGGGGGUACGGGGUCUCCCAAGGCACCAAUGAAGUGGAUUGUGCAAGAAAAUAACAAUUCUGCUUCUUGUCUCGUUCCAGUCAAGUCUUCCAAUGACACUGCCUCUAAAAUAUUAAAGAUUUUAUCUGGAAAACAUAGUGAAGAGACCAGUAUUGCCAAUAUAUUACCAACACACAACAAUCCUGUGGCCUCGAACUCCAAUGUCAUCCACAUUAAAGACAAUGCUCUGGUUAUGUACAAUAAUAAAAUUUAUCUCCUGGCUAAACGGGGAUCUGAUGUUUUCAAUGCACAACUCCCUCAAGCCAACUCACCUGACAAAUCUUCAGAUUCUAUGAAAGAUAUAUCUAAUAAAGUCGUUGAAGUUGUCCUUUCAAAAAAUAAAGUGUCCAAACAAGACAGUAGUUCAACAGUGUCCCCCUGUUCCGAUACCUCAAUGCCGCUGGAUGUGAAAACACAGAUGACUGAUCUCCAGCAUACCAUUAAACAGGAACUAAAGCCAAGGACUUUGCUGGGUGUCUCUCGUUUGGAGGAUACCUUGCUGGCCCAAACAUCCUUUACCAUCUCAAAGGAUAGCAAGGCUUGUCCACCAAAAGUAGAGGAUACUGUCAAUGUAAAAACAACCUCAAAAAUAGCAUCGCAACCAGCAGUAAAUAUUCAAAGUCAGAAGAUGCAGACCAAUGUCUUCCCACCUGUGACGAAUAACCACUCACUUCAAUUGAACAGAGUCACCGAUCAGAGUUUGAGGCUGAAAUUUGGUUUAAUCAAAAAGGAAAAGGUCUUCUUAAAAAGGCUACCUCUACUGCGGCCCAAAAAGUCAUCUCAAGGCUCAGUCCUUUCAAAGCAAAGUUGGAAAAACAAUUACACUAAAAGCAAUAAUUUCAUGACCGAUAACAAUGGCACGACGAGCACAAAUUCAGAGGAUCAGGCUGAAAUGCUUCACAACAAAAGAAAAUCAUCACCAGACACUCCGAUAAAUGCCAAAAGAAUUGCCUUGGAUAGCCUUGAUUUAGUGGAGGACUCUGACGCUGGAAGUGAUUUAUUUUUUCUUGGAAAAACACAAGUGUUGCAAGAAAAUUCUACUGCUGAAGAAAGUACAUCUUCCAUGUCUCCAUUUUACCCAUUAGAACCCAUGCUCCCUUUCUCCCCACUGAGUAGCAGUAUUUCAGGAAUGACAAGUUCCACACCUACAAUCAAUCGCCAGGCUUACUCAACUCCAUCUAAAGCGGCGUCUUCAACCAGCGGCAGACUGUGUAUUUCUGCUGCAGAUCUGGAUGACACUAUAAGAGAUGAGAAAAUCUGGAGGCUGAAGGAACUUCUGAAAGAACGCGAAGAGGCAUUAGAAGCCAUACGGCGACAGAGAAACACCUGAGCUCUGCUUCAUUUCCACUUCCACUGAUAUUAUAUUAAAGAGGGUGUAUGGAAAUCAGAGUGACUCACGGCAGUCCUUAUUAAAGUGCACAAUGCAGAAAGGAGAAUUUCUAAACACUUUCAAAGUGUUAAUGGCUGGGUAGCUUUGGUAUAGAAUUUUAUUAUUUUCAUAUAGUAUUUGUAGAAAGAUAUAGGCUGAAGCAAAUAGCCUUUUUGUAUUUGUUUUGUUAAGGGAAGAAUCUGUAUAGUUGUAUGUGUGUAAAUAUGUAUUAUUCGACCAAAGUAAACCAUAAUAUUAUUGAUGAUGAGAACGUUUAGUGCAGCAAUUAAACUAGUAAUACAACAAUUUGUGUAAUCAAGGCCCACCAGUAAGAUCCCUU